UAAAACAUCUUCAAGGAACCUUGAAGAAGUACAGCUGCCUUCGACCCCAGGACUAUAACCUGGAAGACUGAGAAUGUGCACAGACAUGUUCCCUGCUGGAACCAAAAACAUCAGGUUUUACUUGGCCUGAGGUAUGACCUGUGAGGACAUCAAUGGGUGUGUCUUAUUCUACAGGUCGGAUAGAGAAACAAACUUUACCUUCACAGUGCAUCAUGCGUCACAUCAGUGAUCACAGAGGUUCUGAUCCAAACUGGAGGAAACGUGGGCUGGGUCUCUGGACUGAACCAAGGUUCAAGAAUCCAGAAUGGAACCAGUUCAAGAACCAGAGGAGGGUGGAAGAAAGGAAAAGAGUAGUGAUUGAAGUGAAUGCAGCUAUUGGACGUUUGGUUUUGGAAAGUCACAGAUCCCGAACACCGGAAAAGUCGUUUGACCCUCUGACGUAUUUCAAGUGCGACUCAACAAACCACCCAAACAUCAUUUGAUGAAAACCACGUGUUCCUGAGCAGGAAGUCGCCGUGUGUAGCCUGGGCAACUUGACCUCGGAGCAGCUCGGGACUUCUCGGCUCUGCUCGGUUUGUUUUCAUCCCGCCCUUCACCGGAACCGAGCGAGAUGAAAACCGGAUCCCGCGGCGUUUGGGUGUCGGACAGACUGCACAGAGAGGACCGGGAUCCAGAGAGGAGCGGGGUCCAGAGAACACCGGGAUCCAGAGCGGAGCGGGAUCCAGAACAGACCGGGGUCCAGAGCAGACCGGGGUCCGGCGGUGCUCUGCAGCGGUGUUUCAGAGCUGAGGCUCCGGACAGACACCGAGCGGUCAGUCGCAGCGGAGCCGGGUUGCGGUAUACUCCUGGCGGCUGCAGCUCCACCUGCGUCCCGCUGAUCGGUGGAGGACUGAGUCAGAGACAUGUACCAGGUCCAGGGGAAAGGGGAAAGGGUCGUUGCCAUGGUGCUGAAGGAGCUUCCUGGUAAAAAGGCCUCCUCUGAAGGAAACCCCCUCCUCACCGUGACAACCAAGCUGGUCGGGGAGCAGCAGGAGAGCCGCCCCCUGCUGAGCCCCUCCAUCGAUGACUUCCUGUCAGAGAGUCGCAGCGACGCCGCCUCCGCCCGACCCCUCACCUCCAACACAGCAGUUCUGUCCACAGCUCUGGACCUGGUGGACCUCAGCGAGCCAGGGGAGAGCAGUGGGGGCAGUAAUGGUGGCAGCAGCGGCAGCAGUGGUGGUGGCAAUAACAAGGACCGGAGGAGGAGUCCUCUGAGGAGGAAGGGCAGCUCCAGGAGUCCUCGACGCCAGGGGAGACCUGAGGAGACGGAGCUGAUCCAGGUGGAGGUGGAGCACCUGCCCGCCAGUCCCAGAACACCUGAGAGGAUCUCUCUUGACUCAGUGAGUCUGCCGUCUCCUCUGGACAAAUGGGAGGAGGUGAACCUGGACGUGGAGGACGGAGGACGCAGGAGGAGAUACGAGAAGAGAUGCACCUCCCACCACUCCUCCAGUGAACUGCUCUGGUCUGCAGAGUUUAAAACUGAUCCACUGACCAAGAACUCCUUCGACGUCCGCAGCUUCGACGACCUCGACUUCAUAUCAUCGACACAGGACUGCGGGGCGUCCAGACAGCGCAGACGGACUCGGUCCCUGCUCGCCAGAAACGAGUCUCUGGAGGACGAGUUUGUCAGAGCGAAGGCUGCAGUGGAGUCGGACACGGAGUUCUGGGAUAAGAUGCAGGCGGAGUGGGAGGAGCUCGCUCGGAGGAACUGGCUGGAGGAGUCUGAGGGUCAGUGUCCGAUCCCGCCCUCCAUCUCACCUGCGGAGAAGGGUUACUACUUCAACACCAACAACCCGUACAGAGACUGGCCCAACGCCUUCGCCGAGGGGCAGGAGAAAGCCCGGGAAGGAGACCUGAACGCCGCUGUCCUGCUGCUGGAGGCCGCCAUCUUACAGGACCCGCAGGACUCUGAGGCCUGGCAGGUUCUGGGGACAACUCAGGCCGAGAAUGAGAACGAGCAGGCCGCCAUCGUGUCCCUGCAGAGGUGUCUGGAGCUCCACCCCAACAACCUGCUGGCUCUGAUGGCGCUCGCCGUCAGCUUCACCAACAGCGGCAUGCAGCGGGAGGCCUGUGACGCCCUGCGCCGCUGGAUCGGCCACAACCCCAGAUACAAACACCUGGUCCUGGACCAGAGGAGCCCGUUACAGGGCUCCCCGGCCACGCCCCGCAGGGGCCCCCACACCUCCGCACCACCCAGGUGUGAGUUGCAGGACGUGCUGCUUCUCUUCCAGGACGCGGCUCUGUUGAAUCUGGACUGUGUGGAUCCGGACCUGCAGACCGGACUGGGAGUCCUCUUCAACCUCAGCUCAGACUUUGACAAAGCUGUGGAGGCUUUUACUGCAGCGCUGUCCGUCAGACCACAGGACUACCUGCUGUGGAACCGGCUGGGAGCGACGCUGGCCAAUGGGAACCGCAGCGAGGAGGCGGUGGAGGCGUACACCAGAGCUCUGGAGCUGCAGCCCGGAUUCAUCCGGUCCAGAUACAACCUGGGAAUCAGCUGCAUCAACCUGGGAGCUCACAGGGAGGCGGUUAGUAACUUCCUGACGGCUCUGAACCAGCAGAGGCGGAGCCAGCGCUGCAGCCAUCAGCAGAUGUCAGCCAACAUCUGGGCCGCCCUGCGCAUCGCUGUCUCCUUGAUGGACCGACCCGAGCUGUUCCAGGCCGCCAACGUCGGGGACCUGGACCUGCUGAUGAGGGCGUUCGACGUGGACGAUGCCUGAUGGGGGACAGAGGUCUCCUGGCGUGACGGAGCAGAGGAACCAGUUUGGUUUGAGACCAAAGAGACGACGGCUCCUUCGCAGAGUAACAGCACAACCCUUUAUCUUCCUGUAGCAGCACCUGUACACCUGUACACCUGUACCUGUACACCUAAACACCUGUACCUGAACACCUGUUGUCUGAGGACGAGCGCUGUCUGUUCAGGACGUCUGCUCCUCAUUAACCUUCACUCUGAAAAUCAGGCCUUAAAAGCCAUUAAACUGUGUCAAGCAUGAGUUUAAAAAGAGGAAGUUAACAGCACCUGUGACCACGACCAGCAGUGAUGUCACAGGUAAGAGGUCAACUCUGAAGACUGUUAAAUUCCUCCGACAAACCGUAAAUCCUCUGAUUAAGUCAGUUUGUUUCUGAUGAAAACACCCAUCUCUCUCUGAUUAACUCGACGGUGAAACAUUUCCUGCUCGAAUGUUUCACACCUGAGGUCGAAGGAAGGCUCAGACUGAGGUAAAGGACGUGACGUCUCUGAGUGUCAGCCAUGAUCCUCAUCAGUUCUUCACCUCAUGAUGUUUUCCAUGACUGACCUGUUACUCUGAUACAGACUUUAAUCAGAGAAUUUACAGUGAUGGUCAUUUCAUCAGAUUUAUCUCGUGUUAACCUGCAGCUUCUCUUCACUCUGACACUCACCUGUUCCUGAAGAACACCUGUUCACUCUGAAAACAUCAGGUCCAGGAUCAGACUCUGAGUUAAAUCACUUUAUAUGAAAUGUUGGCUCUUUAAUUAAAACUUCUUUCACUGUG